AUGCCCGGCAUAUCACCUGAUGUCAUCAGCCACAAGCUCAGCAUUUCCACCGCCCAGAAACUGGUCAGGCAAAAGCGCCGAUCGUACGAUGCCGAACGGUACGAGGCAAUGCGUGCCGAAGUUGACAAGCUCAAAGCCAUCGGCUUUAUCAGGGAAGCUACGUACCCUGUUUGGCUUGCCAACUCGGUCAUGGUUCAGAAGGCCAGGGGAGGAUGGCGGAUGUGUCAGGACUAUGCCGACCUGAAUAAGGCUUGUCCGAAGGACAGUUUCCCCUUACCGAGGAUCGACCAGCUCGUCGAUGCCACCGCCGGGCACGAGCUGCUCAGCUUCAUGGACGCGUAUUCAGGACACAACCAGAUCUUCAUGGACCCUGCCGAUAGAGAACAUACGGCAUUCAUCACAGAUCGCGGUUUGUACUGUUACAAUGUCAUGCCCUUCGGCCUGAAGAACGCGGGGGAAACUUAA